AUGCCAGACUUGAGGGGGAAGGUGGCUUUCGUCACCGGCGCCAGCUCUGGAAUCGGUCUCGAAACGGCCCGGCAGCUUGCCCUGGCGAACGCCUCCGUACUCGUGGGCUGCCGCGACGAGGGGAAGUGCCAGCACGCGUUCGCAGGUCUGCAGCAAGUUGAGAUCUUGAAGCUGGACUUGACAGACCUGCGGCAGGUGGAGCAAGUCGCUUCGCAGCUGGAGCGGCUGCCAGCAUUGCAUAUUCUGGUGAACAAUGCGGGCGUCGCGACCCAGUUCCCACACAAGCUGACGCAGAAUGGCAUCGAGACUACCUUCCAGGCCAACUAUCUUGGCCACUUCCUCCUCUCGACACGGUUGCUUCCACUGCUGCAGAGCUCGUCUCCCUCACGCUUGGUGCAUCUCACGUCCGGUGCUCACCGCGGUGCGCCGGUAGAAGGUGUGCCGCUGUCCUUGGAAGGCAUCAAUGACAAGGAUGCUAUGGGACCAUACGCAAGGUACGGCGCAGCUAAGUUGGCCAACCUCAUCUUCUCCCAGGAAAUUAACAGGCGUUUUGGACACUUGGGUGUGUACAGCAACGCCGUGCAUCCGGGCGUUGUCGCGACGGAGAUGCUCCGGCUUGCCAAUUUCGAGGCGCUUGGGGGCCACGGUUUGGGGUGUAGCCGGAGUUCUGAGGACCUUGAGGAGGCAGAAGAAGACUCGGCAGGUGCCGACCCGCGUCCUCACCCUCGCAUCACCAUCAUUGACAUGAAGCAGCGCUGGGUAGAGGUUACUUUUCACGUGUUUCUGGCUGCAUGCUGCUUGAUCCCAGUUGUCGGCUUGUUCUGUUCCCUUUUUCUCUUCUAUAAGUAUGGCCUGCGCAAACCCAGUGGUUCGCGACCAUAUCAGGGUGGGUUUCUCCACCAUUCUUGGGUUUGGAUUAGCCUCUUCGGAACUCCACUGGCAAAUCUGUGGACAUUCUCCGACUACCUUCGCGAAGGCGUGAGGCAUCGCAGCCUUGAUCUCGAAAGCAUACUCGGCCUUCUGCAAAGGACUCUAUUGAGAGAUGCCCUUUCACUGGGAGCUGGAAUCGCCAUGAUCAUCCUGGAAUGUCAGUAUGAAGCUGUGACAGAAGGCCUCAAAAGAUUCAAGCAGAAAGGCCAGCCAGACAGUUUUUCAGAUGAAGCCGGGGAUCUGCCGAAGGAUGGAGUCUCCAACAGGCUGGAUGGCCAAGAUGAAAGUAGGCAGUUGUAUGACGAGUUGCUCAAGCGCUUGCGCGAGAAGUUUCCGACUCUCUACGAAGGCCCAGAAGGGACUGACAGUAAGCUAGAGCUGUCAACGGCUACAGGCUGGACAGCCUUUGCCAUACAGAUCAUGUCCUCGCUCUUGACAUUUUUUCUCGUCUUGAUGUUGCAGAUCGAGGAAAGCGCAACGUUUUACUUGAAGCCCUGCGAAGGCUGCACCAUACCCAUCAAAGUCCUGGGACGUGAAGAGCCGCUUCCCACGUCUAGGAGUUUCUGCGUUGUCACAUUUUAUGUGGUGUGCGUGACGACAUACACCUGGUAUCGCUUCCUUGGAAAAGUUCUGAACAUGACAUACGUGGAGAUGAAGGAGAACCGUCUCCAGCUUCUUGUGUUCACAGCCCUCACCAGAGCAGACGCCUUCAACAUGCUGUGGAGCUCUGGAAAUCUGGAUAGCUUGCGUAAAAUCUUACAGUGCGAAGGCGGCGAAGAUGAGCAGAGCUUGAGGAAGGAGCUCGCAGAGCGCCUGAGAACGGAAACACUGGAAAGGCUGGAGUUUGGAAGCAGUGGAGCUUGCUUGGAUUUGCAAAAGACUCACCAUGCAGAAGCUUGGUGGAAGCUGCGGACUUACAUCCAGAAAGACUUUGUAGACGAGACGGUUGUUGUGGAGAUUAUUGGCGUGAUAAUAUUCAUGUUGAUGCUGCUAUUCUCUGUUGUUAGCUUGUUGAACUGGUUGGAGAACCAUUCGUGGUCGUUUCCCCUGACGCUUUUGUUUCUGCUCAUUUCUAUUCUCUUCUAUGUAUUAUGGCAAGUCUUUGAGGAGUGUGUGGCAAUUAACAUUCUAUGGGAGAGCGACAAUCGGAUACUAUCCGUGGCCACACUCAAGGCGAUGCGUUCUGCAUGUAGAUCCAAAGAUCCUCGGGUUAUGGAACGACAUGCGUCUCUGCUUCGAGCGAUGCAGAACAAAGUCGCUGUCUUCGACAACCGACAGGAGCUCUUCGGUUUAGCGGUCACCCGGAACCUACGAAACGGCUGGGUGCUCACAGCUUCUACUUUGAUGUUGUCUUUUGCAUUGCAGAUCGCAGAGCCUCUGAUUCUAAAUGGCCUUCUCCGACAGCAUCUUGAGGGAUUGCUGGACCUCAUCGAUGGCAUGUUCAACAACGCCGCGCUGAACCUCCUCUUCUGCGCGGCAUCGCCUGAGGUGGAGUUACGGCCGGUGCGUGGCAAGCUCAUCGUACCCAUCGCCACGGAGCACCCGCCGCGCCACGCACAAGCCUUCAAUGACGAAUUUGCGAUCCGUCUCUGGGAGUUCAGCCAAAAGCUCGUCACCGAAUCCUUGGCCAAGACUAAGAGCGAGUAG